GCUUAGAGGCGCUGCCAUAUUGAGCUGCGGAUAAGCAGUCGAGGGAGAACUGCAGAUAUUUUCCUCCAGUUUCCAGAGAAGUUGGUUAUAAUUUAAAAGUGACCGAGGGCAUUGGACAUUGUAUAUCGCAAGUGAAAACACUGACGGAAAAUGGUGCUGUUGGCUGCGGCGGUGUGCACCAAGGCCGGCAAGGCCAUCGUGUCGCGUCAGUUUGUGGAGAUGACACGGACGCGCGUGGAGGGCCUUCUGGCGGCCUUCCCCAAGCUGAUGAACACGGGCAAGCAGCACACCUUCGUGGAGACGGAGAGCGUGCGCUACGUCUACCAGCCGCUGGAGAAGCUCUACAUGGUCCUCAUCACCACCAAGAACAGCAACAUCCUGGAGGACCUGGAGACCUUGAGGCUCUUCUCACGCGUGAUCCCAGAGUACUGCCGCGUGCUGGAGGAGAGUGAGAUCUCCGAGCACUGCUUCGACCUCAUCUUUGCCUUUGACGAGAUCGUGGCCCUGGGCUACCGUGAGAACGUCAACCUGGCCCAGAUCCGCACCUUCACAGAGAUGGACUCUCAUGAGGAGAAGGUCUUCCGUGCUGUCAGAGAGACUCAAGAGCGUGAGGCCAAGGCAGAGAUGCGCAGGAAGGCCAAGGAGUUGCAGCAGGCUCGGCGGGACGCGGAACGUGCCGGAAAGAAGAUGUCGGGCUUUGGAGGCAUCGGCAGCUCCAGCAUGAGCAGCGGAAACUCUGCCUCCGUCAUUCAGGAUACGCUCAUAGAACCAGAGAAGCCCAAACCUGCACCAGCACCUGUCAGGCCCAGCGGUCCCAGCAAGGCCCUGAAGUUGAGUGGCAAAGGGAAGGAGGUGGACGACUUUGUGGACAAACUCAAAUCAGAAGGCGAGAACAUCAUCCUGCCCAGCACAGGGAAGAGGCCCUCAGAGGUGUCCAAAGCACUGCCUGCUCCCGUCAGCACAGAGAGUGUGCAUUUGCGAGUGGAGGAGAAGAUCACCCUGACGUGUGGUCGUGACGGUGGCCUUCAGAACAUGGAGAUCCUUGGCAUGGUGACGCUCAGGGUGGCCGACGACAAGAACGGACGCAUCAGGAUAGCCCUGAGCAACAACGACAAGAAAGGAGUACAGCUGCAGACUCAUCCCAACGUGGAUAAGAAGCUCUUCACAUCAGAGGCCAUCAUUGGCCUGAAGAACCCAGACAAAUCCUUCCCCCUCAACAGCGACGUCGGCGUGCUAAAAUGGAGGCUGCAGACCACAGACGAGUCCCUCAUACCACUAACAAUAAACUGCUGGCCUUCAGAAAGUGGCACUGGCUGUGACGUCAACAUUGAGUACGAACUACAGGAAGAGGCCCUGGAGCUCAACGACGUAGUCAUCACCAUCCCCGUACCGUCUGGAGUGGGUGCACCAGUGAUCGGAGAUCUGGAUGGGGAGUAUCGCCACGACAGCAGACGGAACGUUCUGGAGUGGUGUCUGCCGGUGGUGGACGUGAAGAACAAGUCGGGCAGCCUGGAGUUCAGCGUAGCGGGCCAGCCCAACGACUUCUUUCCUGUCUCCGUUUCAUUUGUUUCUAAGAGCAACUAUUGUGACAUACAGGUCCUGAAGGUGGCUCAAGUGGACGGAGACAGCCCUGUGAGGUUCUCCACAGAGACCUCCUUCGUCGUCGACAAAUAUGAAAUACUGUAAAAGGAAACAUCUGUGUCAUCAUGGAAAAAAAUAACACCAACAUCGUCGGAGAACAAGAAAAUAAAUAAGAUGCAAGAUCAUUGGAUAUGGAAAUGUAUAGAAAAAAACACAUACAACGGAGAACAGCAAAUCGGAAAAGGUUUCUUGUUUUCGACUGACCUGUUCCUCCGAGAGCAGUCUAUUGACAGGACAUCCUUUUCAAGACAUACACACACACACACACAUGCACACACACACGUAUACAAACACAAACAAAUGAAGCCCUUUUGACCUUG